ACAGAGAGCAGUUGACAGCACCUGCCCAAUUCCUGCUCCAUGGGCCGAGCUUCUCCACUGGCACCGUGCAUGGCAGUUGCCCCAACUUUUCUAUAUAUUUUGCUCAUCUUAAUUUGGGUUCUCAAGAAGCAACUAAUUCAUCAAACCACAGAGACCAAUCCAGUUCCCAACGUCGAGUACAAGAUGAGCACCAACGGUGAAGCAGCCCCCGCCGUCGUCAUCCCCGUCGAGGAUCGAGCCACCGACACCAGGGCCAAAGCUCCCGUGGCCGCUGCUCCGCCGCCGGCCCCAGCGCCGCGCAGCUUCCCCUUCCUUAUGAGGAAGACCGCCAAGGGCGUCGGCGGGUGCAAGCGCGUCUUGGCGUUCCUCGACUUCGUGCUGCGGCUCUGCGGCAUCGCAGCCACCCUCGUGGCCGCCGUCACCAUGGGCACCACCAACGAGACGCUGCCUUUCUUCACCCAGUUGUUCCAGUUCCGCGCCAACUUUACCGACCUUCCCGCGCUAUUGUUCUUUGUGAUAGCGAAUGGAAUCGCCGCAGGCUACCUCGUGCUCUCCAUUCCCUUCUCGAUCGCCGGCAUCGUUCGCCCACAGGCCACUUGCCCAAGGCUUCUUCUCUUUAUCUUCGAUUUAGUAAUGGUCGCUUUCACUUCGGCGGCGGCGUCCUCGGCGGCGGCGAUCGUUUACCUAGCACACAACGGAAGCUCGGAGGCCAACUGGGUGGCCAUCUGCCUUCAGUUCGACGGCUUCUGCCAGCGCAUCAGCGGGGCUGUCGUCGCCGCCUUCAUCGCCGUCGUCUUCUUCAUGGCGCUGCUCCUCAUCUCCGGUCUCCUUCUGCGAAAGCGCUAAUCGAUUGCCUUCUAUGGCCUUCCUGCUUGUCAAUUACUUCGAUCGCAUCAGUGUGUGCAGCUCUGCUUGUCAAUUACUUCACCUAAUAUUGUUGCUCUGUUUUAUUUUUAGAAUUGCGUGUGCGGAUGGAAAGGGUCAAUCAAGUGAAAGAAAAUAUUUUCCAUGUGUCGUUUGCAUAA